ACACAUUUACACGGCGACAUGUGGACGGCACGGCACGCGGUAGCGUUGCUCGUUGUGCUCACGUACGCCUACUCAUCCAUUUUACCACCUGGGACCACGUUUGUACAGUCGAUAAGGGAUAUAUUCAGGUUUCAGGAGCAACUGAAAAAGGAAAACGUUGAAGAUACAAUAUGCUCCGAAACACCUCCAGAAAGCAGCAUACCAAACCGAGAUGAACUUCUCGAACUCAUACGAAAAUCUAAAAUUGAAGAUCAUAAAUUUGACGAACACGUUCGCAAAAAGCGUCAACUAUCCCGAAUAAGUUAUCAAGAAUAUCUUGAUAACCUCGGAAAAGCUGAUUAUGAUGUUCGAAUUGAAGAAGGAUGGACAGAAAUUUUAUAUCCAUUUGGAACAUGGGCUAUGGAUAAACAACUUAUGGGUCAAGCUGGAAGAGAAACACAGACUAAUUUAGGAUUUGAUUGUCCAUUUUUUGGUUUUCGAUUUAAUUAUACCAUGGUGUAUCCUAUGGGAAUGCUUUCAUUUGGACUUCCACCAUUUUCUGCUCCACCAUGGACUUUUCCUAAUCCAGCAUGGCCAAAGCAAAGGGAUCAUUCAUUCGUUGCUGCAUUCUAUGCGGAUGCAAUGUUCCAAUGGAUCGGAAAUACCAAAAUCAGUAAUGUUUUCUUCAGAAGUGUCCAUAGACCACGACUGGACGAUGAUGAAGUUUACGAGAGAAACAGUCAGACAAACUAUGGGGCACCAAACUAUCAACAGGCUGGAGCACAAUCGGCUGCAAAUCAACAGUUUUCAAAUCCCAGCCAAUAUUCUCAGAAUUUGAAUGCAUAUUCACAAAAUCAACAAUACAACACACAACUUUUACAACAACAGCAACAAAUUUAUGGGAAAAGGAAGAAAAGGCAGAUGCCUGGAAGAGUAUCUCAACCGGGAAUGGUGGUUGAUCCAUGGCUUUUGGAUAAUAUUACAAGGCAUAUUCAGGAUGGAUAUACCGGAGCAAAUGGAUUCCGAGCAGAACAUGCAUUUAUUGCAACUUGGUAUCGGAUGGCUCACGGUGGCGCUGCUCGAGCACUUGAUGUUUCUCAAUUCGAGCACGUCAAGGAUUGGCAGAACACGUUUCAAGUCGUACUAGCUUCUGAUGAAAUUCGAACAUUUGCAAUUUUUAACUAUGCUCGUCUCAAUUGGACAUCUUCAAAUGAAGCAGGUGGUCUUGAUGGAUUCGGAGGAAAACAGGCUGCAAUGGCUGGAUUCAAUGGUGGAAACGGUACUGGAUGGUAUGGAUUGCCGUAUAGUGGAGAAGGAAGAUUAUGGAAACUUGGUUAUUUCUCGAAUGUUUUAACACCAGGAAGAUGGAUUCAUAGAGUUGAUGAAGUUAUUAUUCCUGCUGGAUGUACAAAUGCUUCGAAUGGAGGAAUGAUGACAGCACCACCAUGGGGUCCAAUGCAUGGAGGAAUGGCAAUUAAUGUCUCUGGGCCGUGCUUAAGGCCUGCGGACAGUGUUAAAGUAAACUUUGAAAAUUGGCAGACAAGUUGCACCCGUUUGAGCCGAGUACGUGCUCGUUGCAUUAUGCCAAUGUUCCAUAAAAUUGGACUAGUCCCAAUUCGAAUGAGUCGUGAUGGUGGACAAUCUUUCCCAUUCUUCGGAAAAUUUUAUGUAGUGAACUCUGAACGAGCCCCCGCUUCAGUGUCACUCAAAGAUUCGGUGGAUAACAAAACAAAUCGAUGGUACGAACCUUACGCGCAAGAAUUGGCACUGGGGUGGCAAGCAAUGAAUUUGACAUGGAACACUGGGGCAAGAGUGGAUAUUAGUUUGUUUGGAUAUUGGGAAGACGCUGAUCGAUCCCAUUUUGAAAGAAUCGAUUACUUGGCAAGAGGGAUAUCAAAUACUGGAUCAUAUUCUUUUAGACCUCAACAGUUAACCAAACAGUUUUUGUUGAGGGAUGCUUGGCAAAAGUUCCAUUUUGGAUUUGUGCAAGUUGCACUAGCAGACGCUGAGGAUGGUGUCAUGUGGAGUAAACCUACACCAUUCCCAUGGUACCAUUUACAUGAGUGGGAACGGUAUUAUGGAAGGAAUUGGCCAAUCGAUAUGUGCAUUGAAUGGUUUGAAUAUGAUGGAAAACGAAACAAUUUCCAAAUUGAUUUAACAACUGACUUUCCAUGUCCAUGCAAAUUACCUCAGGCUAUGCUAGAUCUUGGAAGAUUCAUGCCUAUCAUGGAUUGUGAUAAAGAUGGAGAUACUUCAUGUCCCUUUAAUAAAGGAGCACAACACUGUAUUCAAUCUGUCCAGCCAACAUUUUCUGGGUCUUCACAACAGUGUUGUUAUGAUUAUGAUGGCUACCUAAUGUUCACUGAUGACUGGGAACCAGAUGGUGAUUACACGACAUUCUUCCAACCAGGAACUCCUGCAAGAGCACAUAGAUAUGGUGCAGCUCCUUAUAGAUUACCUCCAUUUAUCCCGACACUUUCAAAUUAUCAAUUGGAUUUGAAUCCAUACAGAACAUGUUGCAAAUACGCUGAUCAUUGUGAAUUCUACUAUUGGCGUCGUAUGACAAACGGAUGUCAAGAUUAUCGGGCACCCGCAGCUGGUUAUAUUUACGGAGAACCACACGUUAUAACAUAUGAUGGAAUUCGAUAUACAAUGCCAGGAAAGGGUUAUUACGUUCUUACAAUGUCAGAUAGUCCAUAUCAUAAAUUGAUGGUUCAAGUUAGGCUCGAACAACCUGAUGAUACACUUUGGCACGCACAUGUAAACGCAACUGUAAUAACUGGAGUCGCUGUUCAAGAGAAUGAUAGCUCAAUUGUACAAGUUUAUGCAAGAAAGCCAAUGAGAAGAUGGAGAUAUAGAACUGAUGUUUAUGUGGAUGGAACGAGAAGAUUCUUUGAUAAACCACAUUGGAAACAUCAACAAUUCAAACACCUUGACAUCCGCAAUCCACUGCAAAACAUGAAUCAGUCGGAAAUUGUUAUAAUGUUAAAGUCCGGUGUAGGAAUUCGAAUCUUCGAAGGUUUUGGAAUGUUAGAUGUAAUGGUUACGCUUCCGCCAAGUUAUAAUACAACAUGCCGACCUGGAGAAUCUCUUUCCUCAUCGUUAAACGCGCCACGGGGGCAAAGGCGAUGUUACACCACUUUAGGGCUACUGGGAACUUAUAAUAAUGAUCCGGCGGAUGAUUUAACGACUCCGUCGGGAACAGUGACAAGAGUUCAGAAUCCAACGACAACGGCUUCUACAACUCAGAUGAUAUAUGAACAAUUUGCAUCAUUUUGGAAAAUCGAUGGAACAAACGAUAAAAUUGGAGGAGUCCUAUUUCAGGACAAGUUCAAACCAAUUUACAAUCCCCUUCUCUUUGCUGAAUCUGAUUAUCGUCCUGUCUAUUGGCCCCAGACAAUUGAUAUGAAUGCUUCCCGAGUUUUCACAAUGGAGCAAGUUGUGAGCACGUGCCAGAAUAAUCCAGAGUGUGAAUAUGAUUUUAUUAUGACUGGAAGAAAGGAAGUCGGAUUGACAACUCUUCGAAGGCAGAAGGAAUUCUUUGCACUUCAGAAGACUGGCAGCAAGCAGUUAAUAUCCUGUGGUCCACUUCUCAAAAAAGAAGGUGUCGUCAAAACUCCACCGGCUGCAAAUUAUUUGGACGGGGACAAAGUUGUAUUCUCGUGUAAACCAAAAUACUACAUUCACGGAGACAUUGAACGUGUGUGUAGAAACGGGACAUGGUCUCCGGGAUGGUGGGCGUGGUGUAGAGAUCGAAAUUUGGAAUAUGCACUGAAAUGGAUGACUGCUUUGUUAUCAAUAUUUGGAAUAAGUUUGAUAUUUGUGAUAUUCUUCUGCAUUCUGUGGAAUAUUAGGAAAAAGAAACAGGCUGCACAUGCUGAAAGGUUACAACUGAAGGAACAAUCUGAUCGAUUGAAUAAAUUGGAAAAUGAAAGAAUAUUUGGAACCUCUCCCGAAAAGACUCCGUUAAUUGAAACUGACUUUCGUUCUAAUUUCAAUAUGAAUCAACCUUCCCGACCAAUUCCAUCUCAACCUCCAAGCUCUCAGUAUAGCCCGCCCGUUUUCGCUGCUCCGCCGCCACCUUCACAACCGACUAGACUUCCGACUUAUACAAAUGCGAUUUCACAACAACAACGUCAGUUCGAACCACCACGACCGCCACGAGGGAACAUGAGAUUUGAGACAUCGGCAAUCUGAAUUUUCGCAUUAUAUAGAAUCUUGAACUGCAUGAACCAAUUCUGUAUGUAUCUAUUUUCUCAUUUUAUUAUUUCAACCACUUUCUUAUCCAGAUCUCAAAGAUCUUUUUUUAAACUAAUUUGUAUUAUUUUUUCCGUUAUUUGUCAAUGAAUUUU